AUGCCCACACAGGAGGACAGCUUCCCAGGCACUUGCAGUGACCGUCCGCAGGGGCCUGGAGAAGGCGGGCCCAGCAGACACCACUCAACGGCACUGGGACCUGCGGAGGGAAGCCCCGCUUGUCACCUGACUCUCAUUAUUCUGGAACCGCACGCGAGUAAUUUCAAGGACGAGCUCUGCGCGGCGAGAUGGCACCACCCCCGGGGCCGUGACAGCGGCGCGCAGUUAACGUGCGCAGGCGCGCAAGGCACGUCGGGAGUUGGAGUCCUGGUGCCCGCGCCGCCGCUGGGGGCGCCCGGCGGGGGAACCCUGAUUCCCGUCAGGCUGUGCGCGGCCGAGAGCCUCGACGCCGCGAGGGGCCGGAGCUGGGGAGUUGGAUGCGAAGGCCACGAACCCGGUCAGACCCUCGCGGUCUUCCAGCGCUCUCCGCCUGGACCCUCCUUGCUGGGGCGCCUUGCCCACCUUCCGCAAGCCCCAGGAGAAAGAGCAGCUCAGCUUGCAGGAGCUUGGAGAGGGUUGCAGCAUGGAAAUGGGCACUCAGAACACCCUCCUGAUCCUGGAAGCCUCUUGGAACUAACUUGCAGGAAAAGUCUGCAGGAAGAACAGCUGGACGCCCCUGCUCAGGUCAUUUCCUUGCCCCGAGCAGAACCACAGCAGCAGGAUUCCCUCUCCCCCAAAGCAGGUCACAGGGAAUUCCAUGCGGACAGCAUACAAUAUGAGAACGGAUAUGGACAUAUUAACAUUAGGGGACCCUAAAGAAGUAGGCAGUUGCUGACACUCACCCAAAAUCGGUGCCUGCAGGUCAAUAAACUGCCUAUGUGAAGCUUCUAAUCAGCUUUUAAACAUGUCACUUGGAAACAUUAAGAUACAGUCAAGGAUCACCAGUCAUUUAAGAAAUGGAUCCCGCGCAGAAACAAAACGUGUGUGUUCAGGGGAGCAGACAAACUGUUAAUGGAAGAAAUUGGAAACAAAUUUCUAAACACUGCUAAUAGCCUCAAAGUUAUUUAAGAAAGGAGUGUUGGAAAUUAAAAAUAUAGCCAAAAUUGUAAAAGAAAUUCAACAGAAGUGUUGCAAGAAAAGUUAAGGAAAUUAUCCAGAAAAUAGAACAAAAAGACACAGAAAAUAGAGAAAUUAGAUCUCGAAGUUCAAUCCACGAAGUCCAACAACUUUCCAGGAAGAGUUCUAGGGGGGAAAAAUGGAGGGAAGUAACUUUCGAAAGAAAGAAUACAAUUUACCAAAAAUAAUAAGGCUUGAGUGCCCAGACUGAAAGAUCCACCAAGGACAAUGAUUCCUUGUAGAAAAUCAGAUAAACAAAACAGCGUAAAAUAUUGAGGUAGAAAAGAAGUCACACUUAAAAAAACAAAAGGCAGGAAAAAGAAUCUUACUAAAAUGUCUUAACAUUGGAUGCUAAAUAGUGGAACCAGGCCUUCAGAAUUCUGAAAAUUGAUACAAUGUAGAAUUGUAUAGCCAGCCAAACUGUUAUUAUAUGUGGAGACAAAAAACACUUGGAUAUUCAAACUGUAUUUUUCAAGUAAACAGACUCUUAACAUAAUCACAAACGAACUGGCAAGUACUAAUAGGUCCAUUUCCCACAUACCUCCUGAGGUUGCUAAAUCUCUCUCCACCUUAUAACUGAGAUGUGACCUCCAAGGUCACCCGACCUUGAGAGUGAUGGAGAACAGGUUGGAAAUUCAAAAUGUAACGAAAAUUGUAAAAGAAAUCCAAUAGAAGAGUCGCAAGAUAAAGUUAAGGAAAUUUUCCAGGAAUUAGAACAAGAAGACAGGCAUAAAAAAGAGGCAAGAAAAGAAAGCAGUUCAAUAGAGGAGGUGGGACAACAUCCUAAUAGGAGUUACAUAGGAUUUUUUUAAUUAAAAAAAAAAGCAAAACUUAAGAACCAGCCCAAAUUGGAACAGGAAGAUGGAAGGCUGUGAGGAAAAAAUGAAUGUGUGACAUUUGAAGAUACUUGAUACCCGAACCUGAGACAGGAUGGAUAGAUGGUGGAUAGGAUAGAGCACAUCUGACAGUCACUGACACGGGAACAACCUGUAGUCAGGGUGUACUCUUGAUAACUGAUUAACUAGACCUAUAUAUAUAUGAAACAUGAACAUACAUUUAAGAAAUUGGACAGCUACUUAAAACAGAACUAGAGGGUCCAGUUUGCACUGUUUUCCAGUUCUCAGACCCCUACUGGGGAGGCUUUUGGGGCUGGAGAGAAAAAAUUGGAGACUUGGGGCUACAACCCCAGUGAGAUGGGAUGCGUAAAUCACUGAGCUGGACACAGUUUUUCCCUCAACAUUACCAAAUUCUCACACUCUGUAGUCAGGAAACUAAGAAACACAUGAGGAAAAAACCCUGAAAAGCAGAGUAGAGGCUUUGGCAUGUCAUCAGGCUGAGAAGAUGAGGAUUAUCGAUGAGGACUAACCAGGGAGAGGGCCUCUGCUGCCCGGCGGGAAGCCCAUAAAAGGAUUCUAACAGUGGGAAGUGAACCAACAGUGGACAGAACCUCACUAACCUGCAACACAGCUUCAUGUGUGAUCAGAGGAAAGUGAUUAGCUCCUGUUUUGUCCUACCUUGCAGAAGAAGAUAUCUGUAGCCUUUCUAACUUUUUAAGCACAAAUUCAGCUUCCAAUUAAAAUUUUCUAGGCAUGUCAAGACACACGGUCAAUUGACUGAAAAUAAAAGGACAAAAGAUAACAAAAACAAACCCAUGGGUGAGUCACAUGUUGGAGUUAGCAGGCAAAACUGUACAAUAACUACAACUAACAUGUUCAAGAAAAUAAAGGAAAAGGAGUAAAAUAUAGAUGAAAGGAUGGAGAAUAUCACCUGAGAAUUGAGCUUUGUACGAAAAUUAACUAUAACUAAAAUUGAUAAUUCAAUAGAUUAAAAGUAGAUUAGACACAGCACAAGAGAAGAUUAAUUAACUGGAAGAUAAGUCAACAUAAAACAUCCUAACUAGCACAGAGAAAAAAAAAGUGAUAAAGCAGAAAAGAGAAUAAGACAUAUGAGACACACCUGAUAGUCCAACAUACGUGUAACUGCAGUCCCAAAAGGCAAGAAGAGAGAAUGCCACAGAAUUCUCCAAAAUUGAUGAAAGAUACCCACCCACAGUUUCGGGAAUCUCUGUGAAUUCCAAAUGCGAUAAAUGCCAAGCAAAACCACACAUAAGCACAGCAUUAUGAAACUGUUGUAAACAAAGACCAAAAAAAAAAAAAAUCAGCCAGAGAAAAUAUUCACAUUAUCUUCAAGAAAUGGACAGCUGACUGCAACAGAAAUGAAGCUGGAAAAUAAUGGAGUGACAGAAUAAUUGGAAAAACAAACUGGCAACUUAUAUUUUAAAAUCUUAAUGUUUUAUUUAAUACAAUAUAGUCAAAACAUCAGGAUUUAAACAUGUGAUCAAUACAAAUUAUUAAAUAAUUAAAAUGUGUUGAUCUUACGUU